CCACUAUAAGAGCUACAGAACAAUCAACGGCGUUGCUGAAACCCUAAAAAAGCCUCUUAUCUGUCAUCCUCCUCGCUCUCUGCAGCUCGUCCGCCAUGGUUAACGUCCCCAAGACCAAGAAGACUUACUGCAAGUCGAAGGACUGCAGGAAGCACACAUUGCAUAAGGUGACACAAUAUAAGAAGGGAAAAGAUAGCUUGGCUGCACAAGGGAAGCGUCGUUAUGAUAGAAAACAAUCAGGUUAUGGUGGACAGACAAAACCCGUGUUUCACAAGAAGGCUAAAACCACCAAGAAGAUUGUGCUAAGGUUGCAAUGCCAAGGGUGCAAGCAUGUGUCCCAGCACCCAAUCAAGAGGUGCAAGCAUUUUGAGAUUGGUGGAGACAAGAAGGGCAAGGGAACCUCCCUUUUCUAAGGAAGCAGUUAUCCGGAUUUCAGCUAUUAUGCAAUAUUUUGUCUGUUUGAGGUUUACGAUUAUGUUAUGGAGUUUUGCAGAUUUUGAGGUUUACAAUAUUUUGAAUCAUCAAGUCUAAGUACUUUAAAAUGUUCUUAUGAAAUACCCUUUGCUGGAUUAACUUCUA